AUGUUAGUAUUGAAAAACAUGUUCCUUGACAAAAUAAAACCAACUACAGAAAUAAAUGACGCAAGACUGAAACAUUGGGUAAAAGCUUUCCCAUUCACAAAAGAUAUUAUUGGUAACAUGGAAAGAAAACCAGAAUGGCUACAAAAACAUAUAUUUGGAAACGAGCUUAUUCCAUAUGGACAAGCUCUGUUUGAAGAGCUUGAACCGGAAACUCAGGAAAGAGUCAUGCAAACAAUACGCGAAGACUCAAAUACAAACUAUGACAAAAUCUUUCUAGGAUAUAGGUUACCUGAGAUGGGCGACCAGAGCCCAAAGGCAAAAAGGACAUGGGAAAUUUACAACAUACUAGGUGAACAUGAGGCAAAGAUGCAACAACUUGAAGCAGAGGGCAAGUUACCAAAAGCGACACCAAAGAAGAAGAGAAGAGUAGAACAAAGUGAAAGUAGUGAAGAAGUAACUUCAUCUAGUGAAAGUAGUGGCAAUGAAGGAAAAAGAAGAGUUAAAAACUCAGUCAGGAAGAAAGUAAAGCUUGGUCCGAUUGGGUUCUAUUAUGACAUAUAA